CCAGCCAGGUAACCUCCACGCGUGCCCGAGUGCUGCGGGUCCCUUUCGGAUACGUCCGGGGGGAAGAGCUGCGCUUGGGUCGGUGCACCCCGGUAACAUGGUAACAAUUUCUUACAAGGGAUAUUGUUAGCCAUGGCUAAUAACCUGGUGGGGGGGGGAGGUUUCUCCGCGUGCCCCUCUGAUUAGCAGAGGGCACAGUGGAAGAAACCAGGGGUAAACACCCCAAGGGGUGGAGAGCUGUGAAGCCUAUCGAGAGGAAGAAAACCUCUUUAAAAAUAACCGAAGCGGGCGGGAACGCCCACCUAAUCUCAAGGUUUGACGCCUGCCGAUGGGAUGAGUGGCUGAUGGGGGAUCAGUCGUUAGGGCGUCACAUUGGGGGGGGAACUGGGGUUUAAAAAAAAAAAAUCAUGGAUAAAGCGUCGUAUAAAAAUUCUACCCGGGAGGGUCCCGCUAGCGGGGAAUCCCUUGGUGCUUCGGAAAGCCGGAGCAUCGGCCCCAUCGUAUACGGGGGGGCCAACCGACGUUUAAUGGGGGUAGGUGCACGAAUGGGGGAUAAGGAAGAAGGAAAUGUGCUGGGGGAAACAGAGAAGGAGGAGAAGAGGAGAGAAGAAGAAAAGAAGGAGGAGGUAGUAAUGGAGAUAGGAGAAAUAGAGUCCGUGGGACCGAGGGAGGCAGGGCUGACGGAGUCCGUGGGACUGAGUGAGGUGGCGCUCUCGUUGCCGGGAUCCGACAUGAUCGUGGAGUGCGGACCCAGGUCAGAUUCGGAUGCCUCUAUAAUCGUGUCGGGUCCGGGCCGCCUGUGGCAAUUACAAGGCGUUAAAAGGCCACGUCUUGGGGAGGAUGCUUCGGUGUCAACAGAAACCGAUGAUGAGAUGUCGGAGGCAAGGAAGCCGAGAAGAAGGGGACGGCCUCCUGCUGCUGGCAAAUCUAUGGGGUCGGCCAAAGCCAAGGCGGAGCUGGCCAGGAAGAGGCGCCAAGAUGUCUCUGAGAAGGCAGAGGAGGAACUGUUGAGAGCCUCUGUCGUCUCUCAAUUCAGGAAGGAGCAGGGGCUUUCCGAUUCGUCGGCAGCCGGAUCGUUGGAGUCUGGGCCAGCAGAAGAGAAGACUGUGGCUCAGAUCCAAAUGCGAGUGCAGGACAGUCUGGCGGCGAUCACGACGGUCGCCACAAAGUCUGGCCAUCUCAAAGGGACAUUUGUGCGUGUCCUGAAGGACGCUGUGGUCUCCAUUAAAGAGGCUGUAGAAGUCCUCAGCUCGCGCACAAUGUCAGAGGAGACCAAGAAACUGCAGGCCGAAAACACGCGCUUGCAGGCUGAAAUGGCCAGCCUCCGUAAGGAGAUCGCUGACAUAAAAAGGGACAUGGAGAGUGCGCGGAAACAGGGUUCCGUGCCCUCUCCCUCGGAUAUGGCUGAAGAGCUGCCCCCUGUGUCGCAGCCUUCUCAAAGGGGGAAGAAGGGUCGACGCUCUGAAGCCAUCUCGGCUGCGUCCCCGAUAGAGGAAAUCUGUCGCUCGGUGAUGGUCCAGGUCGGAGAAAUGUUAAAUGCCCGCCUGGCCUCCUUCGAGGACAGGCUCCUCCCGGAAAAGCGACUCCGCCCCCCAUUGGCGGCAGAUAAAAAAGAAAAGGCAGCAAAGCAAGCAGGCCCCAGCCUACCUGUGAAGGAGUUGCGUCCCACAGAGAGGACGCUCUCCGGAGAAGAGUUACACCAAACACCACCUUCUGCAUCAUCCUUCCAACCCCCUCCCAAAGAGGGUCUUUGGGAGAGGGUUGGAGGGAGGAAGAAGGGGAAAAAGGGGAAGAAGAAGAAAAAGAAUAAGAAGAGGUCGAAAACUGGCGCACAUGGCGAUGGACCGCCCUUGCGGCCACAAGGCCAGUCAAAAUCACAGCCACAGUCUCAGCAACGGCCUCAACCCUUGAACAAGGCUCGAAAGCUCCGACCGCCUCGUUCUGCUGCGAUAGUUAUAACGCUGCAGCCAGGGGCUGAGGAGAAAGGAGCUUCCUAUAGUAAAGUGAUACAAAAGGCUAAGGAAAAUAUCUCACUGUCUGAUUUUGGCGUUGCCGCGGUACGGUUUAAAGUGGCUGCGACCGGAGCGCGGAUUUUGGAGCUCCCAGCGGCUUCUGGUGGAGAGAAGGCGGAUGCUCUGGCCCAUAAGAUCAGGGAAGUAGUAGGUGAAGAAUUUGUGCGAGUCUCUAGGCCCACCAAAUGCGUCGAUAUACGUGUUUCGGGCCUGGAUGACUCCGUCACCAGCAAUGACGUGGUGACCACCGUGGCACGUAUAGGAGGUUGUUCUGUUGAUCAGGUGCGUGCCGGGGAGGUAGUCCGCAAUUCCUCGGGCCUUGGGACGAUUUGGCUGCGUUGCCCAGUCAUGGCUGCAAAAAAGGUGGUCGAAGGAGGAAGACUAUUAGUGGGCUGGGUUUCGGCCCGCGUUAAUCUGCUCGACGAGCGACCCCAGCGGUGCUACCGCUGCUUAGAAAGGGGUCAUUUGAGGGCUCAGUGCAUCGCUGAGACUGACCGCAGUGACACUUGUUACCGCUGCGGGCAGAUUGGCCAUAAAGCGAAGGGGUGUUCGGCCGCGCCACAUUGUAGUGUGUGUGCGGCAGCUGGUAGACCAGCGGAUCAUCGGGGGGGCAGCGGCGCAUGCAAUCAGCCCAGAAAGUCCAGAAUGAAGAGUGGUAAAGCUGACGAUGGCCCCCGGGUCUCCUCGCAGUCUGCCGGCCCAUCCAUGAACAAUCGGGCUGAGGAGGUUGAGAUGGCCGUAGGAUAA